UUGACAUAGGCCAAACUUAGACUCGCACGAAAUUAGCUUCUAUUUCGGGCAAAGCCGAAAAUAAACAAGCACGACAACAACAAUUCUAAAGGUUUACAAUUUCAACUGGCUGGACUAAUGGGGAGAUCGAGAUUAAGCGUGGCUUGACCAAUGGGGAGCUCGUGAUUGAGACUGGCUUGACUUGAGAACUGCAACAUAUUUUCAACUUUUCAUAUUCAGUGUUCACGGAAACUGAAAAUGGAGGAAAGAUGGUGAAAAUGAUUCCCAACCAUGUCUACGGAGAGGGGAAGGUGGCUUCACCCACCGAUUAUGUUGCAGUGGGAAUCUCCGCACUCACAAUUUUUAUACUCCUUUGUGGUACAUUCUUUGCUCACUUGAUUCAUGGAGUCCCAGAGAUAAAAAAAAAGCAAGUUCAGCUUUUUGUUCUACAAACUAUUGCCAGCAUCAUUUUUUUGCUAUCACUGGUGAUUUCACUCAAUCUUAUUAAAUCCAAGCACAGACAUAUCUGGCACUCUUGUUAUCUUUGGACAGUAUGGCUGGGAGGUCCAUGUGGGUUUGGUUUGCUGAUGAGCUGCCGCAUUGCUCAAGCACAUCGACUCUAUUAUUUGUUUGUCAAGAGGCGUUUACCACCGAUCAAGCCAUAUCAGCUGGUUCCCUUGAUACUUAUACCAUGGGUUGGUAUAGCUGCCCUUGUCCAGGCAAAAAGACCUUUCAACAUUUAUUGUCAUCUGGGAAACCAAUGGGUUAUAUCAUGGGCACUGCUGCACCAUUUUUAUCUAUUUGUACUUGUCGGUAUCACAUGGAAGAUUCGACACAUUGAAUUUCAAUUUGACGAAUUUAAAGAGCUGGUCAAGGGAGUAACUGUUACCCUUAUCUUCUUAGGAGUUUGGAUUGCAAUUUACGUUGCAAAUGAAGUUCAUCAUGAAAAAACAGCAUCGCUUAUGGUUGCAUCUAGGUUCACAUUGAUGCUUACGGCAAAUGUCAUGGUUCUAUCUUUCUUUUUCAUGUCUAUGUCACGGCCUCUGUUUAACCAACUAAGCAUGAGGAAGCGAGAAUCUGACAAGUUUGAAACAAUGGGGCAAGUACUAGGAAUCCCAGAUAGUGGAUUGCUUUUCCCAACAGGCCUGCCUCUGAAUUUGGACGAACCUAUUGAAAAACUGCUUGAGCAGAAAAAAUUUCGACACUCUUUUAUGGCUUUUGCAGACAGUCGAAUGGCUGGGGAGAGUGUGCACUUCUAUGAUGAAGUGCAUGAGCUGAAUAAAAUUCCUAUUACUGAUACGGCACGGAGGAUAUAUUUGUCAGGACACAUAAUUGAACAACAUAUAUCUGUUGGUAUGGAUCAGCUGAAAUGGUUUGAAAGCCUCUUUUCUGUAGGUUCACCUAUGGAAAUCAACAUAUCACAUCAGAUGCGCCAAGAAGUUUUGAAUACAACUGACCUAGCUCAUCCUGAUCUCUUCAAGCACGCAAUCAACGAGAUGGUGCAAUUAAUGCGAAUGAACCUGGAAAAGGAUUACUGGAGUUCUCCAUUCUAUUUACAAUUCAAGGAAGAGAUCAAAGCUGAAGUUGAAGUGAGUGAGCCUUUGGAGAAUAUAACCAGUUGGAAUUGCUCUCCUAAAGUAAGCUCUGUCAAUGCUGUCGAUGAUCCAUUUCACCAGGACAGCCUUACCAAGAAUUCUGAGGCACAAUACCAAUUUUCCUUGCAAAUCAACAAAGACUCUGCAGAAGAAACAAGUUCACAAAGCUCUCAGACCAAUUUUCUGUCUAGUUCAAGAUGCUCUUUUGCAAACUUUUCAAGUAAUAAAAGAGGUUGGAGUUGAUAUGGUCAACUUCAAAAGCUUAGCUCGAUGCACUUCAAGUUAGUUCUGUAUGAGAUAUCUAAAGCUGCACUUGAGCUGUUUGUAUAUAACAGGUGUUCUUUUCCAUGUAUACGGUUAUACAAUAUUCUGGAAUGUGCAUUUGAGUCGACUUAAUAUAAUUGACAGUUUAGAUUAUUCAUUCCAUUUUUUUUCGUAUGUAGGAGAAUAAAAGGCCUGCAUGAAUGUAACAAACAUUUUCUACAACAUAUUUAAUUUUAUCAAGAGCCCUGAGUGGCUAUCACCCAUCUAAUCAGAAUCUCAGCUAGAAUUAUGAUUCAGCUAACGAUAUUGUGUACAUUAGCACAACAUAAUUGUAUAUCUGGGAAGUUUUCAGCAUAAAGAUUGUCGCAUUGAUUAUAAAUUAUAAAAGCUUUGUUUAAAUA